AUGUCACAAAGAGUUGUUGAAUUGAUAUCAAAAAUAGCAUUACCAGCAGGUAUAACAUUUGCAUUAGCACAAUCAGCAUUAUAUGAUGUACCUGGAGGGAAAAGAGCUAUUAUAUUUGAUAGAUUAAAAGGUGUUGAACAACAAGUUAUUGGUGAAGGAACACAUUUUUUAAUUCCUUGGUUACAAAAAGCAAUAGUAUUUGAUGUUAGAAUUAAACCAAAAGUUAUAACUACAACAACUGGUUCAAAAGAUUUACAAAAUGUAUCAUUAACUUUAAGAGUUUUAACAAGACCUGAAAUUUCAAAAUUACCUAUAAUAUAUCAAACUUUAGGUUUAGAUUAUGAUGAAAGAGUUUUACCUGCAAUAGGUAAUGAAAUUUUAAAAUCUAUUGUAGCACAAUUUGAUGCAGCAGAAUUAAUUACUCAAAGAGAAGUAGUAUCAGCAAGAAUAAGACAAGAAUUAUCAAGAAGAGCCAAUGAAUUUAAUAUUGAAUUGGAUGAUGUUUCAAUAACUCAUAUGACAUUUGGAAGAGAAUUUACAAAAGCAGUCGAACAAAAACAAAUAGCACAACAAGAUGCAGAAAGAUCAAAAUAUUUAGUUGAAAAAGCUGAACAAGAGAAAAAAGCAAGUAUUAUUAGAGCUGAAGGUGAAGCUGAAUCUGCUGAUGUUGUUUCGAAGGCAUUAGCAAAAGCUGGUGAUGGACUUUUGAUGAUUAGAAGAUUAGAAGCUUCAAAAGAUAUUGCAAAUACUUUAGCUGGUUCUCCUAAUAUUACUUAUUUACCAAGUAGUAGUUCAGGUGGUGAUGGUUCUGCGGAAGGUGCUAAAAAUUCAUUAUUGUUAAAUUUAGGUCGUUAA